CCCGGCACCAUAAAGCCCUGGAUAUGAGUCGGAAGAGGCACCGCUUGGUCUCGGAAACCUUUGGGCUGAAAAGGCGGCGGGAACCAGGAGGCGGACCUGCGGAUCCUCUGAGGGGCGAGUCGGUGUCGGCGCGUGGAGCCGUCGCGGAGCUGAUGCAACUGUUCCCUCGAGGCCUCUUCGAGGAUGCCCUCCCAUCCAUCGUGCUGAGGAGCCAGGUGUACAGCCUUGUGCCGGACCGCACGGUCGCCGACAGACAGCUGAAGGAGCUUCAAGAGCAGGGGGAGAUCAGAGUCAUCCAGCUGGGCUUCGACUUGGAUGCCCAUGGGAUUAUCUUCACCGAAGACUAUAGGACCAAAGUCCUCAAGGCCUGUGAUGGCCGACCAUAUGCUGGAGCUGUACAGAAGUUUCUGGCUUCGGUGCUUCCAGCCUGUAGGGACCUUAGCUUCCAGCAGGACCAGAUGACACAGACCUUUGGCUUCAGGGACCCAGAGAUCACGCAGCUGGUGAAUGCUGGCGUCUUCACUGUUCGUGAUGCUGGGAGCUGGUGGCUUGCCGUGCCUGGAGCUGGGAAAUUCAUCAAGUAUUUUGUUAAAGGGCGCCAGGCUGUUCUGGGCAUGAUCCGGAAGGCCAAGUACCGAGAGCUUCUCCUGUCUGAGCUCCUGGGCCGGCGGGCACCUGCUGCUGUACGACUUGGCCUCUCCUAUCAUGUGCACGACCUCAUUGGGGCCCAGCUGGUGGAUUGUAUCUCCACCACUUCUGGAACCCUCCUUCGUCUGCCAGAGACCUGAGAAUUCUGCUCAUCAUUGUACACCUCCUCACAGUGGGC